GUGACAACCACUGGCAGCAUCGGGACGCACCACCGUCGCUGCCCGCCCGCAGGGACCCGCAGACACGGGCUCCCCUGCAGGGCCAUGCGGAUCCUGACGUGCCCGGCCCACCUGCAGCGCCUGGAGGCCGCCCUGCGCAGCAGCCUGCCCCGUGCCCUGCCGGUGUAUGGGGCCGUGCUGAACAUCAACCGCGGCAACCCCGGGGACUUCGAGGUGGCAGUGGACGCCUGGCCCAACUUCGGCGCUGUGCUGGCGCGGCGCAGAGGAGAGGCACCGCUGAAUGACAGCUACAGGAACCUGUGCAGCGCCUUCUACCGGGACGUGGGCGCCUACCGGGCCCUGCUGGAGAGCCCGGGCUGCCUGCGCUGGGACUCCGCGUUCCACAUCUUCGGGCUGCAGGACGGCGUGCUGACGGUGUCUCAGGACAUUGCUCUGGCCAAGGGCGUGGAACUGGAGGUGACCGAGUACUACACGUACCUGCACCCUGACCCCAGCACUCUACCAGAGCCACAGCUGGACCCUGAUGUGCAGCUGGGCACACUGAGCCCGGCACACGUGGAGCUGCUGGACUCAACGUGGCCGUACGGGGGGAACGUGUGGAGCCGGCGCUACCUGGGGGAGCUGCUGCGCCGAUUCCCACACCUCUGCCUGCAGGACCCGGCCGGGAAUCUGCUGGGCUGGAUGCUGAGCGACGGCUUCGCGGCCGGAGCGCACGGCUACACCGUGCCGGCCCAGCGGCGCCGCGGACUGAUGCGGGCGCUGACGAUCAUGGCUGCCCGGCGGGCGCACGGCCGCGGCUUCCCGGUGUACGGCCACACGGCCACGGAUAACCGAGCGAUGCAGCGGCUGCAGGAGGAGUUGGGGCACCGGCGGCUGCCGGGGAUGUGCCGCUUCGUGCUGCAUAACCCUACCCUGGCGCGGGCUGCGCCCGGAGCGCCCCCGGGGAGAAACGCGUGAAUAAAAGUAAUCGGACCGAAAA